AUGUCGAAGAGGCUAGUACUUAUAUUAUCAAUAGCGAGUUUAUUAAAAAUCGUUUCUGCCGGCGUCCUGAACAUAAAUGGAUCUAUUGGUUUGUCCAUAGGAAGCGAAGGUAGUCAGGGACCGAUUGAAAUCAUAGCAGCUAAGAUUUCAAGCUUGAAAAAUAAGUUAUUAAAUCUAGGAAGCAUUUUUAGUGGUGGAAGAAUUCCUUCUUUAUUUAAAACAACUUCGUCUCCUAUCACUCCUACGACUAAAAAUGUGGAAACAUCUAAAAUCACUGUAGCACCUACAACUGGAUAUCCGGACACUUCUUGGAUACACAUGGUGCUCACUAGAAAUAGGUCAGGCACAUUAGAAAAUACUCGAUCAGCGACCAAUACUACUGCUUCUGAGGCAACUGAAAAACCAACAGCCAAGACUACUGAGGCAAAUGAAACACCUACAACCAUAGCUACUGAGGGAACCAAAACACCUACAACUAUUUCUACUGAAGGAACCAAGGUGCCACAAGCACCCAAAACUGAAGAUCCUAAAACUUCCGAGACAACCGAAGGACCAAAAGCUAACGCUUCUGAGGCAACAGAAGCAUCUACGACUAUAGCAACUGAAGCUACUGAGACAACCGAGACUCCUACAACUAAAGCUACCGAGGCAUCUACAACUGAAGCUAUUACAACUUCUGAGGCAACAGAAGCAUCUACGGCUGUAGCAACUGAAGUUACUGAGACAACCGAGACUCCUACAACUAAAGCUACCGAGGCAUCUACGACUGAAUCUAUUACUACUUCUGAGGUAACAGAAACAUCUACAACUAUAGCAACUGAAGCUACUGAGACAACCGAGACAACUACAACUAAAGCUACCGAGGCAUCUACAACUGAAGCUAUUACAACUUCUGAGGCAACAGAAGCAUCUACGACUAUAGGAACUGAAGCUACUGAGACAACCGAGACUCCUACAACUGAAUCAACUGAGACAACCGAGACUCCUACAACUAAAGCUACCGAGGAAUCUGCGACUGAAGCUAUUACAACUUCUGAGGCAACAGAAGCAUCUACAACUAUAGCAACUGAAGCUACUGAGACAAUCGAGACACCUACAACUACAGCUACCGAGGCAUCUAUAACUGAAGCUAUUACAACUUCUGAGGCAACAGAAGCAUCUACGACUGUAGCAACUGAAGCAACUGAGACAACCGAGACACCUACAACUAAAGCUACCGAGGAAUCCACAACUGAAGCUAUUACAACUUCUGAGGCAACAGAAGCUACUACGACUGUAGCAACUGAAGCUACUGAGACAACCGAGACUCCUACAACUGAAUCAAUUGAGACAACCGAGACACCUACAACUAAAGCUACCGAGGCAUCUACAACUGAAGCUAUUACAACUUCUCAGGCAACAGAAGCAUCUACAACUUUAGCAACUGAAGCUACUGAGACAAUCGAGACACCUACAACUAAAGCUACCGAGGAAUCCACAACUGAAGCUAUUACAACUUCUCAGGCAACAGAAGCUACUACGACUGUAGCAACUGAAGCUACUGAGACAACCGAGACUCCUACAACUGAAUCAAUUGAGACAACCGAGACACCUACAACUAAAGCUACCGAGGCAUCUACGACUGAAGCUAUCACUACUUCUGAGGCAACAGAAGCUUCUUCGACUGUAGAAACUGAAGCUACCGAGACAACCGAGAAUCCUACAACUAAAGCAACCGAGGCAUCUACAACUGAAGCUAUUACAACUUCUGAGGCAACAGAAGCAUCUACAACUAUAGCAACUGAAGCUACUGAGACAACAGAGACACCUACAACUAAAGCUACCGAGGCAUCUACAACUGAAGCUAUUACAACUUCUCAGGCAACAGAAGCAUCUACAACUUUAGCAACUGAAGCUACUGAGACAACCGAGACACCUACAACUAAAGCUACCGAGGCAUCUACAUCUGAAGCUAUUACAACUUCUGAGGCAACAGAAGCAUCUACGACUGUAGCAACUGAAGCUACUGAGACAACCGAGACUCCUACAACUGAAUCAACUGAGACAACCGAGACUCCUACAACUAAAGCUGCCGAGGCAUCAACGACUGAAGCUAUCACUACUUCCGAGGCAACAGAAGCUUCUUCGACUAUAGCAAUUGAAGCUACUGAUACAACCGAGACACCUACAACUAAAGCUACCGAGGCAUCUACAACUGAAGCUAUUACAACUUCUGAGGCAACAGAAGCAUCUACGACUGUAGCAAAUGUAGCUACUGAGACAACCGAGACUCCUACAACUGAAUCAACUGAGACAACAGAGACUCCUACAACUAAAGCUACUGAGGCAUCUACGACUGAAGCUAUCACUACUUCCGAGGCAACAGAAGCUUCUUCGACUAUAGCAAUUGAAGUUACUGAUACAACUGAGACUCCUAUAACUGAAGCUACUGAGACAACCGAGACUUCUACAACUAAAGCUACCGAGGCAUCUAAGAAUGAAGCUAUUACAACUUCUGAGGCAACAGAAGCAUCUACGACUGUAGAAACUGAAGCUACUGAGACAACCGAGACUCCUACAACUAAAGCUACCGAGGCAUCUACAACUGAAGCUAUUACAACUUCUGAGGCAACAGAAGCAUCUACAACUAUAGCAACUGAAGCUACUGAGACAACCGAGACACCUACAACUAAAGUUACCGAGGCAUCUACAACUGAAGCUAUUACAACUUCUGAGGAAACAGAAGCAUCUACAAGUAUAGCAACUGAAGCUACUGAGACAACCGAGACACCUACAACUAAAGCUACCGAGGCAUCUACAACUGAAGCUAUUACAACUUCUGAGGCAACAGAAGCAUCUACAACUCUAGCAACUGAAGCUACUGAGACAACAGAGACACCUACAACUAAAGCUACCGAGGCAUCUACAACUGAAGCUAUUACAACUUCUGAGGCAACAGAAGCAUCUACAACUAUAGCAACUGAAGCUACUGAGACAACCGAGACUCCUACAACUGAAUCAACUGAGACAACCGAGACUCCUACAACUAAAGCUACCGAGGCAUCUACGACUGAAGCUAUCACUACUUCUGAGGCAACACAAGCUUCUUCGACUAUAGCAAUUGAAGCUACUAAUACAACCGAGACUCCUAUAACUGAAGCUACUGAGACAACCAAGACUUCUACAACUAAAGCUACCGAGGCAUCUAAGAAUGAAGCUAUUAAUACUUCUGAGGCAACAGAAGCAUCUACAACUAUAGCAACUGAAGCUUCUGAGACAACCGAGACUCCUACAAAUAAAGCUACCGAGGCAUCUACGACUGAAGCUAUUACAACUUCUGAGGCAACAGAAGCAUUUUCAACUGUAGAAACUGAAGCUACUGAGACAACCGAGACUCCUACAACUAAAGCUACCGAGGCAUCUACAAUUGAAGCUAUUACAACUUCUGAGGCAACAGAAGCAUCUACAACUAUAGCAACUGAAGCUACUGAGACAACAGAGACACCUACAACUAAAGCUACCGAGGCAUCUACAACUGAAGCUAUUACAACUUCUGAGGCAACAGAAGCAUUAACAACUAUAGCAACUGAAGCUACUGAGACAACCGAGACUCCUACAACUAAAGCUACCGAGGCAUCUACAACUGAAGCUAUUACAACUUCUGAGGCAACAGAAGCAACUACAACUAUAGCAAUUGAAGCUACUGAUACAACCGAGACUCUUAUAACUGAAGCUACUGAGACAACCAAGACUUCUACAACUAAAGCUUCCGAGGCAUCUAAGAAUGAAGCUAUUAAUACUUCUGAGGCAACAGAAGCAUCUACAACUAUAGCAACUGAAGCUACUGAGACAACCGAGACUCCUACAAAUAAAGCUACCGAGGCAUCUACGACUGAAGCUAUUAUAACUUCUGAGACAACUGAGACUCCUACAACUAAAGCUACCGAGGCAUCUACAACUGAAGCUAUUAUAACUUCUGAGGCAACAGAAGCAUCUACGAUUGUAGAAACUGAAGCUACUGAGACAAUCGAGACUCCUACAACUAAAGCUACCGAGGCAUCUACAACUGAAGCUAUUACAACUUCUGAGGCAACAGAAGCAUCUACAACUAUGGCAACUGAAGCUACUGAGACAACCGAGACACCUACAACUAAAGCUACCGAGGCAUCUACAACUGAAGCUAUUACAACUUAUGAGGCAACAGAAGCAUCUACGACUGUAGAAACUGAAGCUACUGAGACAACCGAGACUCCUACAACUGAAUCAACUGAGACAACCGAGACUCCUACAACUAAAGCUACCGAGGCAUCUACGACUGAAGCUAUCACUACUUCUGAGGCAACAGAAGCUUCUUCGACUGUAGCAACUGAAGCUACUGAUAGAAUCGAGACUCCUAUAACUGAAGCUACUGCGACAACCGAGACUUCUACAACUAAAGCUACCGAGGCAUCUACAACUGAAGCGAUUACAACUUCUGAGGCAACAGAAGCAUCUACGACUGUAGCAAAUGAAGCUACUGAGACAACCGAGACUCCUACAACUGAAUCAACUGAGACAACCGAGACUCCUACAACGAAAGCUACCGAGGCAUCUGCGACUGAAGCUAUUACAACUUCUGAGGCAACAGAAGCAUCUACGACUGUAGCAACUGAAGCUACUGAGACAACCGAGACUCCUACAACUGAAUCAACUGAGACAACCGAGACUCCUACAACUAAAGCUACCGAGGCAUCUACGACUGAAGCUAUCACUACUUCUGAGGCAACAGAAGCUUCUUCGACUAUAGCAAUUGAAGCUACUGAUACAACCGAGACUCCUAUAACUGAAGCUACUGAGACAACCGAGACUUCUACAACUAAAGCUACCGAGGCAUCUAAGAAUGAAGCUAUUAACACUUCUGAGGCAACAGAAGCAUCUACAACUGUAGAAACUGAAUCUACUGAGACAAACGAGACUCCUACAACUAAAGCUACUGAGACAACUAAAGCACCUACAACUAUGGCUACUGAACCUUCCGAAGCAUCUACGACUGAAGCUACUACAAAUUCAGAGGCAACUGAAGCACCAACGACUUUAGUAACUGAAGCUUCUGAGGCAACAGGAGCACCUACAACUAAAGCUAGUACAACUUCUGUGACGACAGAAGCAAGUACAACUGAAUCUACUGACGCUUCUGAAGCAACCGGAGCACCUUCAAGUAACACUACUGAGACAACUGGUGAACCUACGAAUGGCUCAGAUUUAACCAGUGUUACUGCCUCGGCAUCAACAGUAACGCCAUUUGCAACUUCAACUACAUCUAAGAAAAUGUUAUCACGAUGUUCAUGUUACAAAGAACGGCAAUGGAGAAAUUAACAUUCUUAUAGUAUUUUUACACUUACCUUAUAAUCUGAUAAUUACUCAACCCAUCGCAUUUUUUUAAGUAAAAUCCAA